GUCUGCGGCUGGAGCUCACGGAUAGGCAGAGCUCGGGAGGAGAGCGCGAGGACCAGCGCCGCAUUACCACUGAGUGACAGCGGCUCACACUCAUCCCUCAGCAGCCACUCUUUCCGGCAGGACGACAAGCGCAAUCCGGCAGAGACAGUUUAUUUUUUAGAAAAAGAAAAAUCGGUCCCAACAGUUUUAAUUCGAAACUAUUUUCAAACCCUGGCUUCUUUUAUUUUAAUUUAUAUAUUUACGCGCGUGCUGUUUUUGCGCAUUGGGUAACAACAGGUUGUGAUCUGCGUGUAACACCCCUAUCCGCAGGGCUAAGCAAUAAGUAAGUUGUGUCAAUUUGGGAUCUCAAUACAUCGAAUCGAAAUGAGUACUAGUGUGUCACAGCACAUGGCCAUGCACAAUCCCUUGGGAAAGUUGUCGGGUGCUGCUGUCCUUUGCCAUAAGUGUGGAAAACCAUGUAAAGGAGAGGCCCUGAGGGUGCAGGACAAAUUCUUCCACGUCAAUUGUUUCACUUGUAAAGUAUGUGGAUGUGACUUGGCCGAGGGUGGAUUUUUUGUGAGGCAAGAGGAAUACAUCUGUACUUCUGACUAUCAAAAGCUGUACGGAACACGUUGCUUCAGCUGUAAUGAAUUUAUCGAAGGUGAAGUGGUUUCAGCUCUGGGGAAAACUUACCAUCCAAAGUGCUUUGUUUGUGCUGUUUGCAGGCAGCCCUUUCCUCCUGGAGACCGUGUAACUUUUAAUGGGAAGGAAUGUGUUUGCCAGAAAUGCUCUCAGUCUCUGAGUACCAAUGCCAAACAUGUGUCAGCACAGACACCUCAAAAGUGUGGAGGCUGUGACCUGGAAAUAAAAAAUGGACAAUCCUUGGUGGCUUUGGACAGGCAGUGGCACCUUGGCUGUUUUAAGUGUCAUACUUGUGGGAAAGCCCUGUCUGCUGAGUACAUCUGCAAGGAUGGGGCUCCUUACUGUGAGGCUGAUUAUCAUUCUCAGUUUGGCAUCAAAUGUGAGCGCUGCUUGAAAUUCAUUACUGGAAGAGUACUGGAGGCAGGAGAAAAACAUUACCAUCCAGACUGUGCACGAUGUGUGAGGUGUGAAGAGAUGUUUGCAGAAGGCGAAGAAAUGUAUCUGCAAGGUACUUUAAUUUGGCAUCCAGUCUGUAAACAGGCUGCCAGGGCAGAAGAAAAGCAGAAGGUCACUCGUACUUCUUCUGAGAGCAUCACAUCUCCUCCAGCCUCCAGUGCCUCAGGGUCCCCGAGCCGGUUAAUAUAUGCCAAGCUAGAUGAUGAGAUUCUUGACUACAAGGAUUUGGCUGCUCUGCCUAAAGUUAAGGCCAUUUACAAUAUUGAUCGUCCUGAUAUGAUCUCCUAUACACCGUAUAUCAAUUACUCCACUAUUGAUAGGCAUAGACUUGGGGAGUCACAUCGACUGCUUUACUCAACGUCAACUGAGGAUGAAGAGGAAGGACCAAGACAGCGUAGAGCCUCCAGCCCUGGAUCCUUCGGGUCUCUUGGUUACGGGCGUUACACGCCAACGUGGUCUCGUUCACCGCAGCAUUUCCAUACACCAGAGCUCACCUCUGCUGGUAUUCAUUCUCUGCAUACUGGUAGUUACAGCUCCUUGUCAACUCACUCCAGUCCUCCAUCCACUCUCACACCUAACUAUGUUCCUUACUUUAAAGGCAGUGAAAGUCGUCGGAGCACUCCCAGCUUAUCCAUGCACCUAGACAGCAAAUCUUAUGUCCAGGCUCCCAGACAUUUUCAUGUACCAGAAACAGAUGGGAAAGCAGACAACAUUUAUAGGAAGCCCCCUGUCUACAGGCAACAUGUAGGUGAUUGGCGAAGCAGAGGAUUUUGGAGCGAAGAUGGUGUUGGAGGACAAAUUAAUUUGGAUCAAGAUGGCAAAAAGUUGAAGACAAGUUGGUUGGAACUGAAGGGGGAAAUGGAUGCCACAGCUGCCUCCCCUGAACUGGACCCUAAAACAUCAUCUCAAAGCCCUGCUGCUGACAGAGAACUAUUGCAAAGGUCAAGCAGUGAAUCACUCUUUCAAACAAGAAUUCCUCAUUCCAAAUCAGCUUCACUUCCUGGUUAUGGAAAAAAUAAAUUACACAAGACUUCAGAUUUUGAAUCAAAUCAUGAUACCAGCUGGGGAAUGCGAGAAUACAAGGUUUAUCCAUAUGAAAUGUUAGCUGUUACAAUGAAAGCACGUGUCAAGCUACCAAAGGAUGUGGAUAGAACCAGACUGGAGCGGCACUUGUCUCCAGACGAAUUCUAUCGGGUGUUUGGUUUAACCAUAGAAGAAUUUAAUCGUCUAGCACUGUGGAAGAGAAAUGAAAUGAAGAAGAAAGCACGGCUCUUUUAAUCAGUAAAAUAUAUAAAUUUAGUCAGGGAAAGUUCAUCAUGAUAAAAAGAUCCUACCAGGAAAACAAUGUCUGUGCUCACAACUUGAACAACAUAUAUGUUAAUUCAUCACUGGAUGAAUUAAGAGAACAGCCGUAAGAGUGUGUGCAGGCUUACAGGUUGUGUUUCCGCUAACCUUGCAUGAAAAGCCGAGUAUUAUAGCCAUUAAGCUCUAAGCUUCGACUGUUGUUUGCUGAAAACCUGUAAGAAAUAGCUGUCUAUUUAAACUAUAGCAUAAUAGGACUGCUUCUCAAAAGAGGGAGGGAAAGGGGCAGCUUGGGGUUUAGAGUCCAAAGUACAUUUUAUUUUGAUCAAAAAUAGUUUAAAAAUCUUCCACCUGCAAUAAUUUGUUAUCAUCUUUAUGAAAGAUUCAUGAAAGAUACUUAAGUACCAUUCUGGUACAAUAAUAGAUUAUUGCUAAUAAUUGCAAGUUGGUGAGAAGGAAGCUAACAUUGGAAGUUUGAGAUUGGUUAUCGAAAUAGAUGUGAGUUUCACGACUGCUUCUCACAUAGUUAUGGAAGAGUUGUUUGAUGGGACUCAGGAGAAGAGCAAAGCUAAUACUGCACUUUAUUCAAGUAUACACAGGCAUAUACUCAAAAUGCUAGCAUUGUGUGCACUAGAUUAGCAUCCAUUAAUUAUCACUAACAUCUUUCUUAAAUACACACCUACACUACUCAGUGACUAUAUUUAAAAAUGUUGCAAUAAAGUACUGCAUUAUGUUUGUGGGAGUUACAUGUUAGCUGACUGUUGUUUGCUUGCAAUGCUCUAUUUAUAAUUAGCUCAUAUUUGGACCUAGAUGCUUUUUUGUGUUAAUGAUGGCUGAUGUCAUUCCAAUUUUGUGCCUAUUUUCAGUAAUCUGCAGAAUAACUAACCCACUUUUGUUGGAAUUGUUCCUUGAAGCUAAUUUGAACAUAACGUUCAAUAAGUAACUAAAUUUUAAUAAAGCUCUGAGAAUGGAAAACGUUUUUUGUUGCCAGGAUUCAAGGACUAGGUCCUAAGUGUCCAAAAUGGCAGCCAGGAUAUGUAGACACUUAAGUGUUAGAUUGGGACAAACAAAGACUGUCCUUCACCCUAUCCUGAAAAGAAUGGUAUUCUUUUUGUAAGCAAAUUAAAGAUCUGAAGCUAACUACUUGUUCUGGCUGCAACAUUUGUUUGCUGUAAGCUAGCCAGUAAAAUCACCACCCUCUGAGGAAAAAAAAACCCAGAACACUUGGAGCAAAAUGUCCAGCUUAUAUAAAUGUGAAGCAAAUCUCCAACCUCCUAGUCUGGACCCCAUUUCUGACAUCUGAUACAUCCACCCUUAACUCUAACCUCCAGUCUCAUAGUCCACCAAUACAAUCCAGCUCCACAAUCAGGCCAUCUGAUGGAGUCCUGUGAUUCAACAUCCCACCUCAAUUCCAUGUCUAAUACAUCACCAACAUUAAUCACUUUGCCAUUAUUAGCUGUACCUUCGGCUGCCUCCCCAGGCCUUGGAAUUCUCCCCCAUAACUCCUCGCCUCUCUUCAGUUAUGAUGAUCAUUAAAACCUAUCCCUUACCUCACCUGUCUCUUCAUGUGAUUUGGAGUCAAAUUUUGUUUGAUAAUGAUUUUGUGAAUCACUUUGGAGUGCUUUACUAAGAUGUAUAAAUGCAAAAUGUUACUAUUGCUGAGUCAACCAACAAUUCACGUUUCACGUCAAUGUUCCCAUUAGACAUGGACCUGCAGCAUUAAGCCGGCACUGAUUUGCCAAUCAAAUAGAGAGGCCACAUGAUGGCUUGUGUUGGAAACAAUGCAGUCAAUGCUCUUUUCUUAAAGAAUAGGGUAAUGAUAGAUUAGUUAUAUGACCUGGAAGAGCUUGAUGCUGACACUGAGUGCUUGAAAUUGGAAAUAAAUCUGUUUAACAAUUCAAACAUUUUUUGUUUCAUUGAACGUUAAAAGUAGCCCAUUUCUUUUUAAAUUCAGUGAUGCACAAUAUCUGGGCCCAAAACUUCUCAAAAACUAUGAACUGUUGAGAUACUUUAAUCUAUUUUUUUCUAAAUUCCAAGAGCUUAGUCUAAAAAUUAUUUUUUUCAUUUAAUCAAUGUAUACAGUGAGCACCAGAAGAAUACUGGAAGUUUGUUUUGAAAAAUUAGAAUUGCUACAAGUCUGUGGUUCAUUUCAGAGAAUAUUGGAUGAGUUAUAAAUCUUUUAGUAAUUGCAUCUCCCAUUGCAAAGGAUUUAGGAUUUUACUUAAUGGUGACAACUAGAAAAGAUAAAUUUAUGUAGCCCACGGUGGGAAGGGGCGAUCUUUGCAAAAUUGUUGUGGUGCUGGGAGCCUGGCUCAGUGUCAACACAUAUUGAAACUUUGGGCAUACUGCCCAUGAUGGUCAGACUAUUAAAAGGCUUUCAACAAGCAACCCAUAAAAUUACUCCUUAAUAAUUGUUUUGAAAUAUUUACAGAGCAUACAAAAAAGAACACUAACACAAUACAUGUGUGUAGAUCAUACUUUGGAAUUUACUUCUAUCUGCAACAAAUCAAAAAAACAAAUGCAAGAAGCAAAUGCUGUAAACACAAUGCAAACAUUUUACCACCAGCCAGGAUCACAGUGCUAUUAGUCAUGGAGUAGCUGGUUUCCAACUCCUAGUGCCUGAAUUUUUAUAAGUUUAUUUUUCAGAAUUUGUUAAAUUCAUGAACAAGAGGUACCUUAAAAAAAAAACUUAUGGAAGAUAUUUACCAAUCAGUUGGGAAUUCUUGGAUGAACAUUUUGCAUUGAUACGCAAGCUCUUAUGUCUAUCAGUUGUAACCAACUUUCAUUGGUGUAAUCACAAGAUGUUUGUUUUGCACAGGAUCUAUUUUGGAGGAACUGUAUGAGUUUCAGAUAUUUUAAAUUUCCAAUUAAUUACAAUAAAUAGAUUAAUUACAAUAAAGCUCCAAUCCAUGGACCUGAGAUUUCUUUUAUUUAACACUCAUCAACAGUUCUAGAGCAGUUGUGAAUAGGUACACACCACAAACAGUAGUGGGUUUGAGUAACUUAGGAUAGCUAAAAAUAUACAGUAUAACUUAUUUGAUUACAUUCAAUCAUUAGCUAUGAUAGGAUUUAAGUCAGUCAUUUUCUCCUCAGUGUGUCCAAAUGGAUAUGUGGUGUAUUUUCCUCUUAUCCACAAUAAUCACAUACCCUUCAAAGUAAAGUUAUGUUUGGCUUUUGGUGUUCAGUAAUGAAUCAGAUGUAGUAGCAUGCUCUGCUAUGACUAUAUUUUAAAACCUAAAAUUUGCCUUCUCUAAUGUUGCAAGAUUAAAACAUAAACAAGUCUGCCAGGAAUUGCUCUGAAUUUCAUAUUAUGGCACAGUUUGCUGAAUGUUGAAAGUUGCAUAUGAGAAUGAUUUAGUGUAGACUUCAAGUGAAUAGCAUUUGUAUUGCAAGGUGUAUUUCACAUGACGUAUGUUAAGUUGUCUAAAAUAUAGCAGAGUAAAUGUUAGACAAUAGAAUAUAUAUUCUUUGUAGUUUUCAGUUAUUUUAAUUCUCUGAUAUAAUUUGGCUAUUAGUUGCUGGCUCUAACUGAAAAAUAGAAAAUUGAAUACACAGUAGAAAGUCAGUUUUGGCAAGCUUUAGAUUAUAGAAACUGUUUACAAUAGCAGCUCUUUGUAAGCUUAACGGCAAUCAGCCUGUGGUAAAAUGAUUGAAGAAUUCCUGCAGUCUGGUACCCCCUCCAAUGCCUCAUACAGAUUAUAUGAAGUUUGUAACUCAACACAGCUCAUUCUCAACACAACAAAAAAUAGCUGCCAGUACAACCAAUACUUUAUCCUCUAAAUAGGUAAUAUAUAGAAACAGUUGUCCGGUGAAUUAUUUUUAUUGUAUUAAAAAUCAAUAUUUUAUGUGAACUGUAGUGCAAAUUCAUGAAUCAUAGAAUUCAUAGAAUCCCUACAGUGUGAAAACAGGCCAUUCAGCCCAACAAGUCCACAACGACUCUCCGAAGCAUACCCCUCCUGGACUCACCUCCUACCCUACCCUUGUAACCCUACCCCUGUAACCCUGCAUUUCCUAUGGCCAGUCCACCUAACCUACUAAAAAUUAGAAAAAUAUUGAAACAAAACUUAAGUAAUUGCAUGACUUUGGAAACAGUGCUUUGCAAUACAAACACUGUUCGAUGCUGGCAGGAUAAAAUGUGUAUCAAAACUUGUCAUUCCGCAUGAUUGUAAUCUCAACAUCACUGAAACAAGAAAAAAAAGUCAAAUUUCAUUCAGAAAAAGAAACUUACAAAUUUUUAUCAAUUUCUCAUACUGAUAUUGAAUAAAUUAGAGGUUAUAAAGCUUAGCCAUUUACCACUUCUCUUUUCACCAGACUAAUUCUCUUCAAAUGGCAAUGAAAGAUGCCCUUUAAACCAAAGUGACUCUAAUCAGUUUCACUUACCUAAGUGGUAAAAGGUAAUGUAAGCAUCAAGCAUUGCAAACCACGUUUAUUCUAAAAAUAUUUUUCUGCAGUACUGAUAGAGUUUGAAACUGAAGCCAGGUUACUGAGGUACAGCAUUGUUUCUUGUGAUUUACAAAGGAAACUCGAGCUUUUAUUUUCCUCAAAUUUCAAUUGCUUGCUUGUAAACUCAAUCUUUUGCAAAGUAAGGGGAAUUUUACUCUGUUUUGUGGUGAAGUUUAGCUUGUAUAGCUGUAUUUCUUAGAACCAGCCAUUUGUUUUCCUUGCAGCUUUUACCAGUUACUGAUGGAAAGCAGUUGUGCUGAAUUUUGACUCACUUAAACAAUACUUCAGUUGCUUUAGUCAUGAGAAAAGCUUCUAUUCCAAAUCACAUAACACAGCUUAUCUCUUAUUUGAUAUAUUCUCACCAGUCUUGUUUCACGCGAUUGAAUGAUUUAACUUCCCAACUUGGACCAUUAUUGCAGAUUGCAUUAGGAAGCAGUAAUUUUUUUUGCAAAAAAUGUCAGUCAUCAUUUUGUUCAUGAUUAUUGGACUGAAUUUUAAGGUUUUUGUCCUAUAGCUCCACUUAUUUGACGGAAGCCUUUUGUUUAAUAUAUGGAUAGGUGGCAGAGCUUUGCAACUAUCCAGAAGCAGGUGCAACAGUGCUCUGCGGAUGACUCAUUCUUUCCUGCCUGGAUGCUCUUGGCUUGUGCUGGGUGUGGCUCUAUAUCGCAGGAAAUGAGGGCAGAAUUUUCUUGACCUGUGGUGACAGGUUGGGAGGUUGUUGGUAGGCUGGUAAUAAUGGAGGGAGCAAUAUCAUGACAGUAGCCUGAUGCAAUCCUGCUAGGAUGUGAAGCGGCUAUUGAUUUCAGGGAUGGCCCAAAUUUUAGCAAAUUUAUUUUUGGGCUUGUCACUGUCUUGCCGGCAACAUGAGUGUCCUCUUUGCCAGGCUGCUAGCUCAAUGAAGGCAGGCUGGGUAUUCAUCAAAGCUGGAGACUCCAUACUAUGUUGGGCUCAAAGGAAAAUAAAGUUACCCCCACCAUGAUCCAUUCAGAGGGCUUUCCCUCAAUUCUGCAUGAAGGAGUAUGAGACAUUUAAUUAAAAACAAAGAACAUUAGAUGCAAGAAAUCAGAAACCAAAAACAGUAAGUGCUGGAGAAACUCAGCAGGUCUAGCAACAUCUGUAGAGACAAAAGAGUGAACACUCCCAGUACCGUGACCUUACUUCAGAACAUGUCUGAGAAAGGGUCACUGGGCUCAAAUCAUAGAAUCAGAAAAUCCCUACGUGCAGUAAGAGACCAUUUGGCCCAUCGAGUCUGCACCAAGUCUCUGAAAAGCAUCCCACCCGGACUCCUAAACCAUGAGUUCUGGUUCUCUUUCCACAGAUGUUGCCAUAUCUGCUGAGUUUUUCCAGAAUUUUCUGUUUCUGUGUAUAGUAAUGUAAACCAUUUGUUCCGUUAUCUAAGUAGGACCAUACAAUUACCUAUGUAAAAGUGGACAGUGGGGUAUCUCUUGUGGCACAAUUGUAGUAUCCCCAGGUCUAGACCAGGAAGCCCAGGUUCAAAUCCCACCUGCUCCAGAGAUGUGUAAUAACUAUAUCUAUAAAACAGAUAUCUAGAAAAUAUCUAUAAAAGUGGACAACUGAACCUGGUAUCUGAAAUUGAAUGGAACCUUGCCUGUUUUGAAAAAUAAUAAACAGACAAAGCUGCUAAAAUGACUUGCUAAACUUCCUUUUGUUUCUAGUUGAGCAGAAAAUGCCAAGUGGUUUGGGUGAAAAUAACUGAAGAUCUGAAAGGUGCUCUAACUAGACGUUGCCUCAUGUUUGACUAAAUAGUAAACAUUUUUAAACUACAUUUUGAGGUUUAGAGUGUAUCUUCUAUCAAUGACAAUGAGGAGAGUGAGGUGGUAUGCAGAUGCCCCAAUGGGUUGUUUCUGUAGCUGCAGCAGAGUGCAGUUUUUCAAGGCCUGAUAUGGGAGAGAAUGGAUUUUCAUAUCUGCCAAAAAUUGGCUUUCCUUUAAGGUGGAUGUAGAGUGGAUAUUUCUCCUUGUAGGGCUAUUUAGAAUGAGAGUUUGUAUUUUUAGGCUAAGGGAAGCAAAGGUUACACAGACAAGGCAGGCAAAUGGGGUUGAGAAACUUAUUAAUCAUGAUCGAAUGGCAGAGCAGACUCAAUGGGCCAAAUGGCCCAAUUCUGCUCCUAUAGUGUUGUUUAACAUAGAGAUGAGAAGAAAUUACUUCUGUCAAAGUGUCAUGGAUUCUGUGUAGCUCACCACCCCAGAGGGUGGUGGACACAGGAACAAUGAAGAGAUUCAAGGAAGAGAUAGAUUUUUAACUAGUUAGGUUCAAAGAUUAUGGGGAGUGGGAAAGAAAGUGGAUUUGAGGCUGAAAUGCAAUCAGACAUGAUUGUAUUAAAUGGAAGUUCAGGUUCGAACGGCUUAAUUGCCUACUCCCGCUCCUAGUUCUUAUGUUAAACUGCAAAUGUCGAAUGAACAUUUGGCUGACGUUCACUCUAAGAUAAUGGUUAAAUCUUUUUAUGCGAAUGAAUAGCAUAUAUUAUCAGUGAUGCCAACUGCAUCAGUACAAAUAGAGCUAUGACCUAGGCAAUAAAAU